AUGAAAGUCAAGGCCCUUAGUCGAUCUGCCUCGGAUUACAUCCGUGAAACUAGUCACGACAUUCAUAAAAUUAAAAGAAACUUGGACCCCAACUUGCACCCGUUUGAAAAAGCUCGCGAGUAUACUAGAGCCCUCAAUGCAGCCAAAUUGGAACGCAUGUUUGCAAAACCUUUCGUUGGUGCCCUAAGUGGUCACGCCGAUGGUGUAUAUUGUCUGGCCAAACAUCCUAAAAACCUAACAACCAUAAUAUCGGGGAGCGGUGACGGAGAGUUGAGGAUUUGGGAUUUAACCGAUAGAACCACCAUUUGGAAGGCUUUGGGGCAUAAAAACAAGACUGUCAAGAUUUGGAAUCCUGUGCAGUCAGGUGAAGAACCCUCCUUUAUUCAUCCGGCUUCUGGUUCAUACAGCGCGAUCGAUCACCACCGUUCCGAUCCGAUUUUUGCCACCUCCGGAUCACAAAUUGAUAUCUGGGAUGAGAAUAGAUCGGACCCUAUCAAAACUUUCACAUGGGAUGCGGACACAAUCAACACGGUUCGAUUUAAUCAAACCGAAACAAACAUUCUAGGAAGUUGUGGGACAGAUCGAACAAUAAUCCUUUACGAUCUCAGGAUGGAUUCGCCGAUAGUAAAAUUGGUCAUGCAGAUGAAGACAAACGCUAUUGCCUGGAAUCCGCUAGAGGCAUUUAAUUUCACGGCCGCGAAUGAGGAUCAUAAUUGCUACACAUUUGAUAUGCGCAAGAUGGAAUGCGCGUUAAACGUUCUCAAGGAUCAUGUCUCGGCUGUUCUGGAUCUAGAUUACUCUCCAACAGGUGAAGAAAUAGUCACCGGAUCAUACGACAGGACUCUUCGGAUCUAUAACGCACGCCAAGGACACAGCCGCGAUGUAUAUCAUACCAAGAGGAUGCAACGUAUUUUCUGCGUAAAAUUUAGCAUGGAUUCAAAGUACAUACUUUCUGGCUCGGAUGACGGGAAUGUUAGGUUAUGGAAAGCAAACGCGUCCGAAAAAAUUGGUCCGAAGGAUUACAGAGAACGAGCACACCUGGAGUAUACGGAUAGACUAAAAGAAAGAUAUAAAAUUUUACCUGAAAUCAAGAGGAUAUUAAGGCACCGGAAUGUCCCAAAGGCAAUCCAAAAUGCUCAAAAGACAAAACGCAUCAUGCUUCAAUCUCAAAAACGAAAGGAAGAAAAUUUGCGCAAGCAUUCCAAAAAAGGCUCUGUACCAUAUCAAGUCGAAAGAAAGAAAUCCAUUAUUGGUGUUGCCAAAUAA